AUGCGACUUGGGCCGGGCACAAGGGCACGUAUGGAUGGUACUCCUGCCUUCCAAGCAAUUGCCAUAGCUGAUCUGAACGCUGGUCUCAUCAUGGGUGUCGUCGGUGGUGUUGCGGCUUCUUGCAAUGUAACGUUGACUUUGAUGGAGGACGUUCCAUGGGAGGAAAAGAAGCAUCUGUGCUAUGGAAUUGAUUUCCUGCUUCAUCUUUCGAAAUCUCCGUUAGCGGAGAGACCUGAGCGUCUUGCGCCGAAUGUAGACUGGAUGGGUGCGGAAGCGCUGAGGCCGGAACGUGGUAUGCGGCGUCAGAACUCUGAGCAAAGUGAUCGCGUUGCACGUGCACCUCGCGAAGAGGUCAAGUUCACUCCGCGCGUGUCCAAGGCCGAAGACAUCGUCCUUGGUCCGCCGAAGCUUGCGUUCGCAUCUUCAUCAACAACUUCGCGCUACGUUAGGGCCGACAGAAUAGGCGAGGAUGGAUAUGCCAGAGGAACCACCGAGGAAGUGGAAGGAUCCGGCAAAUCGGUGCGAAACCAAGCCGGUCGUGAGAAGAACGGUCGCGGACCAAGACAGCCUCAGGGACCUAGGGAAGAAGAAGAAGGAUGGGUACCAGUAGCACGUACUCCACGCAAGAGUUUUGGUGCUGAAGAUAAGGAACGCCCGAGAGGUGAACGUGGAGCUUCGUUCCGCGACAAGGAGAGGGUUGAGCCACGAGAACGCGAGUACAGGAUCGAGCGCGAGCCAAGAGGACCUCGCGAAUAUACCAGAGAAAGACGCCGAAGUAAUAAUGGCGAUAACAAGUAUGCAGGCAACAACGAUGAGCCCAAUUGGAGGUCAGCCAGAGAAGGCCAAUCUGACUCCAAGUAUCGACGAAACGAACCAGAAUGGAUGGAUGAACCUGUUGAUGUUACUGAAGGUUCUAUGCCGGCGCACCAUUCUGCACAAGAAUUCCAAGCCUGGAAGGAGGCUAUGAAAGCGAAGCAAAGAGGAGACGCACCAUCGCAGCACCCUGAUGAACAGAGACCCCUUGACACGCCCGCCAGAGAAAGCGCAUCGGCUGGCACGAACUCAUUUGGAGAUCUGGGAUUCUUCGGUGGUAUGGGCGAACCUACAAAGCCAGGCAGCAUGCUCUCCUUGAACGAGCCUGCGAUGACACCCUCACUUGGAAAGGCUAGUGUAUCGAGACCGCCGGGAUUCCCUGAAUCCGAGUUUGCCGCUCCUACUCCUUCUAUGACUGCUGCAGUACCUGCGACGGGAAGAGCAUCCCGAUUCACCAGAUUCUUUGGUGCACCUGUUGCUCAGGAAGCUCCUUCGCCUGUAGUAUCCGCGGCAUCUCCAGCGGCGCCGUCGGCGCCAGCACUUAAUCCGUUUGAGAACUUGCUCAAUGCCAGCUUGCAACGUGCAGAGCCUGAGGCUGCCAGCUCGAGACCUCCACCUGGGUUUGGAGGGUCGGCUGCGGCCCCCGCUCCUGGUCACACUGGUAAGCCUAGCGAGGAUGUUGCUGGCUUCAAUCGUAUUAUGCAAAUGUUGGGUGCUUCUAAGCCUGCACAGUCUCCACAGAUGCAGCACCGCCAGCCGGUCCAGCAGGAGCAACGUGAGCAGCGUAAGCAGCGUAAGCAGCGUUCGAGCGAUCAGCCUGCUCAAUCCCCCGUUUUUGCUGAUCCUGCUAUCAUGUCAGCAGGCAGGGAUGUCGGGCCACAGCGCGGUGCACCGGGACACCCCGAACCCGUCGACCCGAAGUCAAAGCAGGAUUUCUUCAUGUCUUUGAUGUCUGGACCGCCUAAGCAACAUGCUGCGGCUCCUCCUCCCGGUUUCGGUGGACAACCCACCCCCCAACAGCGCCCUAUCUCUCCCGUUAAGGAAGCCCCCAGAGGACCUUUCCAUGAUGCACCCAUUCCUCCUUCGCCCUUUAGACAGCAAUCUCGCUUACAACAGAGGCGCCAAGAUAUGGAAUCACCUGCUGUCCGCCACGAGCAGCUGGCUGCCCGCGGCGAACCUGAACAGCAUUCCCAACAGCCACUUCAGAGGCAGUUUAUGCCGCCUCCGCCUGGGUUUAUCCCCGAGGGAAUGGGACCCAUGCCCCCAUUCAUGCGUGAUGGACCCCCUGGUGUUCCUGGUCCAAUGGGACCUCUUCCUCCUGGCAUGAACUUCAAUGGACCACCACCCCCUAUGGGUUUCCCUGGAGCACCCUUUUCCCCGCCGAUUCCGGGACAACAGAUGCCCUUCCCUUUCCCGCCUGGGCAGGUUCCGCCUGGCCGUAUCCCUGAAGGAUUCCCUAUGCCCCCGCCUGGGAUGUUCAGUCCUGGUAUGAUGAGCCCCGUUGGUAUCGCUAGCCCGGUAUCUCUGGCUAGUCCCCCGCCUAUGGGCGCGUUUCCUGCGCCCGGGUUCCCUUUCGGAGUCCCCCCGCCGCAUAUGAUGAAGCAGAUGGAGGAGCGUCGUCAUGCCGGGAAGCAGUGAUAUGUGUUGGGGCAUUUUCGCACAUAAUUACUGGAUAUAAAAUUACAAAAGGAGGUUUGCGAUUGACAUGUUUGGAAUUUAUAUGGAAUGACGUUCGUUUGAAGAAUACGUCUAUUUCAACAGCAGCUCG